UUCACACCAUCCCCGUCGCCAAUCCGUGCGAUUGAGAUUGAUCCCACCCAUCUUCUCUCUCUCCGUCUCUCCAAUGGCGUCGUGCAUGGCGUCUUCCCUCUUCCUGAAACAUCUGCUCCUCGUCGUCGCGCUUCCUCUCCUCAUCUCAUCCACCCCCGCCCCCGGAUGCCACGACUCCAUCAUCAGCUUCGGGGACUCCCUCGCCGACACCGGGAACUUGCUCCACCUCUCCAGCUCCGACGGCCGCCCGACGGAAGCCGGCUUCCUCCCCUACGGCGAGACGUACUUCCACCGCCCCACCGGCCGCUUCUCCGACGGCCGCCUGGUCAUUGAUUUCGUGGCGGAGUGGCUGGGCCUUCCGUAUGUGGCUCCCUACUACGGGGACGACGGCGGACGGAGCGUGGCGGAUUUCGGGAAGGGCGUGAAUCUCGCGGUGGCAGGCGCGACGGCGCUCGAUGCGGGCUUCUUCGAAGGGAGGGGGAUGGGCAACAGUUUCCCGAAUGAGUCUCUGGGAGUUCAGCUGGGCCUCUUCAAAGAGCUCUUGCCUUCUCUGUGCAACACAUCUUCUGAUUGCAAAGAAUUUCUUGGGAAAUCUUUGGUUCUCAUGGGAGAGAUUGGAGGCAAUGACUACAAUUAUCCCUUCCUCAUGGGAAGUGAUCUGGAAGAGAUUCAAGACCUUGUGCCUCUUGUACUUGAGGAGAUUGUUUCGGCUAUCAGUGAGUUGAUUGAUUUAGGUGUAGUGACAAUAUUGGUGCCAGGAAACUUUCCGAUUGGAUGCUUGCCUGUCUAUUUAACAGAAUUCCAGAGUUCAGACAAGGAAGAAUAUGAUCCGUUAACUGGCUGCCUUAAUUGGCUGAAUGAAUUCUCUCAGUAUCACAAUGAACAGCUCCAGAGGAGGCUUGAUCAUCUACGAGAGCUUCAUCCCCGAGCAAAUAUUAUCUACGUGGAUUACUACAAUGCUGCACUCCGCUUUUAUCAGUCGCCAGAUAAAUUCGGGUUCGAUGGCGGAAUACUUAGCGCAUGCUGUGGAGGAGGAGGAACCUACAAUUAUAACUUGUCAGCAUUGUGCAAUUCCAAUGCGAGGGUAUGCGAUGACCCGUCCUCAUAUGCAAGCUGGGACGGCAUCCAUUUCACGGAAGCAGCAUACAGGUGGAUUUUCAAGAGCAUGGCGGACGGUUCAUGUACUGUACCUAAAUUGGACAUUUCUUGUCCUUCAGUAGCCUUUGAAUGAGCCUGCAUUAAUCAACUCUGAGUAACUAGCAACCUCAUUUGGAAAUAGAUACACGAUAUGACAUUGUUGCAUGGAGUGGAAUGGUGUUUGGUCUGUGCUGCAUGUGAAAUGACCUUCUGUAUGGUCCUUUUGGCAAUUUGCUUAGGAAAUUAUAGGCAAGAAAAGGAUGAUCACAUCUAGAAGGGACAGAUAUUUCUUGCAAGAAGUGAUCAAAUUAUGUCUUUUUAUUUUUA